GCGGCUGUCACCGCGGCCGGCACCUCAGGAGCUGCGCGGGCUGCACGGUGCGCUCCGGGGCUCGGGCUUCGCCGCCCCCGCCCCGCGGCUUCCCUUUGUCCGUCGGAGGCGGCCGCCGGGACAGCGCUGCAGCGGCCGGAGGGCAGCGCCCCGGCGUCCCGUCGGCGGCCCCGGUGCUCGUCCCCCGCUGCCCCGGCGCUCGGAGCGGGCGGCGGCCUGGGCGGGGCCUGCGCGGGCGUGGGGACAGCGUUGACGAGCUGGCCCCAGGUGCGGGGGCGUCCCUUGCUCUCCACCUGCGCCACCUCUGCCGGCUUCUCUUGGCAAGUUUGUCGCCCCCCUUUGCGGACAUCCUCGGCGGGUCAGUGGAGUCCAGACCCGUCGUUAAAUAGAAAACUCGAGCUGGAGGAAGAGGAGAAGGAGGAGAAGGGAGCGUAUCGGAACCCGGUCCGGGAUGAGAGUCCAUUAAGGCAGCGGUGGCUUCUUGGACACCUUUCUUGGCUCUUUCCCACCCAGGUUUCCACACCUGGAUUGUCAACUGGAGCAAAUUGUCACCAAUGGCAGUAAAACUUGUUGUUUUGGGAUUCAGGUAUCAUGGAUUAGUUGGCUCUCAUUCAGCAGGCACCUAACAGAUAAGUCAUCCUGCUGUAUAUCAAGACAAUGCUUGGUUUUAAAACUGCUCUGAAACUGAUUGAAAGCAGUAUCCCAUGUGACAUGUGACAUUGUCAGUGGGCCACAAGCACCUUCAGAAUUUCCUAUUAAUCACGUAGCGGCUUGAAGGAAACCCCUUUCCGUCAAGUAGGACUGCAUGGCAAGCAGCCCUCGCUGAAGGGUGGAAAAUGAGUGUCCCAUUGGCUCCUAAGAAAUCAUGUUACACUCAGUUGCAGGACAACAGAAAGGGAGCAAAAAAUAAUAAUGAGAGUCUCCUAAGUCUGGGAGAUACAAACGCCAAUGAAAUCAUGGUGGAGGUCAGUCCCCCUCACGAUGAGUCUGAGACAUGUGACCUGACAGAUGAAAUUGGAAAUGCAAAUUCACGUGAACCAGGAAACAGUACCCAUUUCCAUAAGGAAUUUCAUCAACUUCAGAGCGUUGGGAAAGGAUCUCAGGCUGGCCCAACCAGCCUGAAAGAUUUUAAAUUUUCUUCGACAGUUGGUGGGGAACUAAAUGAAGAGCACACAACACAGAGAGGCCCAGCUCCCCUGCAGACCCCGCGGAGUGUCCAGGGAUCAAGUCUGGCAAGUUGGAGGAAUGUUAUAGGUGAGGCCAGUGCAGACAUUUUGACUAAAAGGGGCGCUGAGAUUCCAAGGCAUGCUCCCAAGGAUAAAUUGGCAAAGACCCUUGACAACGAGGAACUGAGAAGGCAUGCUUUGGAAAGGGCUGGUGGCUCUGCUGCUGGCGUGGACAUGUUCACAAAGGAGCGUGCUGAGAGCUUGAUCUGGCCACUUCUGCCACCUGCCCCACUGGCCUCCCCUGGAGCCCUGGGUCACAUGACUGGGGUUGGAGCAGAGCCACAGAAGACAGUGACAACCCACUCCCCAGGGACAGCUUUUCCUCUAGCUGACAGCACUUCAGAGGGAAUGACUGUGCAUCAUCCUAAACCAUCUACCUCAGAAACCAAGGAGACCACCUGCUUAGAGACCCAGAUGGAGAGGGGACAUGUGAGCGAAGGUAGCAAUGAGAGCACACCACGUUCUGUCCAUCCAGAGCGUGCUCUGACUUCAACGUCAGCUUCGAAGGAAGUUCUGAGUAAGCAGGAAGCACAAUUAGGUCAGAAGAAGGGGGAGGCCAAGCUAGAGCUGACAUUUGCACAACCCAGGGCCGGGCAGGAGUUAAUGUCACCCCAGGCCGAGUGUCUGGGGUGGCCCAAGGACAACAGUGUGUUACCCCUAGACAGAAAGGGGCCGGGUCAGGAAGCACAGCAAGAAGCCACCACCCAGACACUGAGCAGUCCACCCCACGGAAAUCUCCACCCGCUUUGCAUGGGAAGAAGCGGAAGUGGGCAGGACAAGGGCACCGUCCAUCUCGAUGAGCAGGGUCCUCUUCAGACCACCCCCAAACAAGGCCCUGCUUCCAUGGGAGGUGCUGAUAACCAGGCCCCUGGCAAACUUUCACCAAGUACAGCUAGAAAACUGCGUGAAUCGUCAUCCAGCAGCAUGUCACCAGGUGAUGGUCACAUCGCUGUUAUUCUUGACCACCCGACUGACAGCACGCCCUUAGAUGUUGGUCAGGAAAAAGGGGACAGGGGUAGUGCUAUGGUUUUUACUUCAGAUCCUUCUGUUGGAGAGAGCAAAACUGGGGUCCCUGAACCCCUUGACCCUCAAAGCAGCAGCUCAGAAGCAGGGGAAAGCAAAGCAGUCACUACACCUGUUGCUGAAAGUAGGAACCAUCUAGAAAGUGCAGUUAAGGCUGAAAGUGCUCCAGCAAGAACAGAUCCUCUGCUCAGCGUCCCAGCCCCUCUCCUCCCAGAGACAAUUGUGAAUGCGACCCGCCAGCCUGCACCACCCGGUACCAGUUUUCAGGACUUGAGCAUGUUGAGUAUGAAUGCGGGGUCACCCUCGGCUGCCCCACCUCCCACCGACAGCAUGUGGUUGUUGAACACCUCCCCGAAGGUGCCUGACAAGAACACCUGCCCCAGUGGGAUCCCCAAGCCUGUCUCCACACAUUGCGAGGACACGCCUUCCUCACAGGAGGGCCUGGAAAACCACCAGGUUGACAAAAUGGAAGAAAGGACAGAACCCAAGCCCAUCAUUUUGCCCAAGCCCAAGCACGUAAGGCCCAAGAUCAUUACCUACAUCAGGAGGAGUCCCCAGGCCCUCAGCCAGGUGGAUGCUUCGCUGGUCCCAGUGGGGCUUCCUUAUGCCCCGCCCACAUGUGAUAUGCCCCUUCCCAAAGAGGAGAAGGUGGCAGGCGGUGACCUGAAGCCGGCUGUAAACCUGUAUGAGAAGUUCAAGCCAGACUUGCAGAAGCCAAGGGUCUUCAGCCCUGGACUGAUGGUGUCUGGGAUCAGGCCCCCAGGACACCAUUUCAGCCAGAUGAGUGACAAGUUUUUGCAGGAGGUUACAGAACGCCCGGGGAAAGAAGAGUUUUGCUCAGCUCCCUACGCACACUACGAAGUUCCUCCAACCUUCUACCGAUCGGCCAUGCUCCUUAAGCCCCAGUUGGGACUGGGCGCCAUGUCCCGUCUGCCGUCUGCAAAGAGCAGGAUCCUGAUCGCGAGUCAGAGGUCUUCAGCGAGCGCCAUCCACCCGCCAGGACCCAUAGCGACAGCUGCCAGUCUCUACAGUUCCGACCCCGCAGACUUAAAGAAAGUCUCCAGUUCAAAUGCUGCCAAAUCCAAUCUCCCAAAGUCUGGACUUCGUCCUCCUGGGUACUCGCGUCUCCCAGCGGCCAAGCUGGCAGCAUUUGGCUUCAUGCGUAGCUCCAGCGUGUCCUCGGUCUCCAGCGCCCAGUCUGCAGACAGCGCGCAGCCUGAGCCCAGCCGCCUGGCCAACCCUCUUUUGAAUUAAAUGAAGCAGCCCAGACAAGAGGAAGCUCCUUGUGUCAUCCUACUCCCACGCCCAGAGGCAUCCUUCUGUUUGACGCCCAGGCAUGUACUUCCUGUGCACACUGUAAACCUUUUACAAUGGCACUAAUGUGGGUCCAUGAAUAACAGAGUAUUGUUUUAAGAGUCUUUAAAUACUAGAGAAAGAUAACAAAGCUCUCCGUA